AUGGGAACUCUUGUGGGGCAUGUGGCACCUGGAUUUGGUUUCUUCAUCAUUGGGCUAUGGCACUUGCUUAACCACAUCAAGAAUCAUGCCAUUAGCCCAAAAUCCUACAAAUCUUUGCCCUGGUUCCCAACUUCAAAAAUAAGGUAUUUAGAGCUUUUCUUGAUUAUGGCAGGCUCCUCCAUGUCCAUAGCCAUGGAGCUCUUUAUCGGCCCGGACCGACACCAACCGCUUGACCCCGACGGAACCAUCCCUUCCAAUCAUCUCCACAAUUUUGAACAUUCAAAUAUUUCCAUCACCUUUUUCAUGUAUGCAGCUUUCUCAAUUCUAUUAGAUAAGCUUGCUCCUCCAGCAAAUUAUGGACUCACCUUUAUGCUUGGUGCCAUAGCCUUUGGCCAGCAGUUACUACUUUUCCACCUCCAUUCAGCUGAUCAUAUGGGGGUUGAGGGCCAAUAUCAUUGGCUUCUACAAAUUGCAAUUUUUUCCUCCCUUGUAACCACUCUUUUGGGCAUUAAUUACCCUAAAAGUUUCUUGAAUAGCUUUGCAAGGUCAAUUAGCAUUAUGUUCCAAGGUGUUUGGCUUAUGGUCAUGGGUUUCAUGCUUUGGACACCAGAAUUCAUACCUAAAGGUUGUUUCAUGAACUUGGAAGAAGAUCAUCAAGUAGUCCGAUGCCAAGGGGAAGAGGCCCUAGGGCGCGCUAAAUCUCUAGUGAACAUUCAGUUCAGUUGGUAUGUUGUAGGCAUGACAACAUUUUCAGUAUCACUUUAUUUAAUCAUGAUCAAACUCUAUCCUCAAAAAGUUGAAUACAGAGCACUAUCGAAAUUCGAAGAACUAGAAGAGGAAAUUGAGGAAGAUGUCGAGGCUCAGAAGAAAGGGAAAUCCGAGGAGCCCAAGAGUACUUUCCUACAAAUGGGAAAAUCAUUUGCUCCUAUGGACAUGGAAAGUUUAUCACCCAUCAUCAAAGCAAAACAAGCACCCCAGAGGAGAUCCAUACACCAAAACUACUAUCUCAAGUACAAGAAUAUGGAACAUCAUCAAGAAGCUGGUUCAAAUGGAAGAAGAUGCCGAAAGAGUAAUGAAUGUGUAGAGAAAGACGACGAGAGAAGAAGAAUGGCGAGGCAGGAGGAUGUAAACAAAAUGGCCGAUGAAUUUAUCAACAACUUCAGGAAGCAGCUGAAAUUUGAAAGAGAAGAGUCUCUCAAAAGAUACCAUCAAAUGCCAGCCAAGGGAACCUAA